AUCUCCCCGCGCUGUGUUUUGUGUGUGUGAGGUUAUGUGUGUUUGAGCCCACAGGCCUGCAAACAUGAGGCGUCUGCUGCUGCUACUUCUGGGGCUCCUGCUCCUUCAACAGAACUGCUGCUUUGAGUUUGUGAUAGACGGAGAAUGGGAUGACGAGACGUCAGAUCUACAGGAUCAUCGGGAGAGACACAAGAGAGCGAUAUUGACCAGCGAGGAGCAGGAAGACUUUGAGGCCAUCCGCGGAGAUGACAUCACUGUCAAGAGCUACAAGGUGGAGAGUCGUAUCACAUCGCGAUUCGCCCACACCACCGUCAGGAGCUCAGUGGUCAACUCGGGCUCCAAAGCCCAGAGCAUCGGCUUCAACGUCCAGAUCCCCAAACGAGCUUUCAUCACCAACUUCACCAUGAAUGUGAAUGGAAUAACAUUUGUGGGCUCAGUGAAAGAGAAGACGGUGGCCAGGAACCUGUACGCCCAGGCCAGAGCCAGGGGCAAGGCGGCAGGCAUCGUCAGGGCUAAUUCUCAGGACAUGGAGACCUUUAAGACAGAGGUCCACGUUCCUCCUGGCAGUAGCAUUGAGUUUGAGCUCCACUACCAGGAGAUGAUGCUCAGGAAGCUGGGUUUCUACGAGCACUCGCUGUACCUGCAGCCUGGGAGGCUGGUGCCACAGUUCCAGGUGGAUGUGUACAUCUUUGAGCCGAGGGGAAUCACCGUAGUAGAAACACCAAACACCCUCGGUGCGCAGUUUACAGAGCUGAUCCGAGUGACCUCCUCCAAAGACAAGGCUCAUAUUGUCUUCAAGCCCAAUUUACAGCAGCAGAGAAAGUGUGAAAACUGCACUGGCAGCGCUAUAGACGGCGUCUUUACUGUCAGAUAUGAUGUGAAAAGGGACAGCAAUGCCGGGGAACUACAGGUCUCUGAUGGCCACUUUGUCCAGUUCUUCGCUCCAUACAACCUCUCCCCUCUUCCUAAAAACAUUGUGUUUGUCAUUGACGUCAGCGGGUCCAUGUGGGGCGUCAAGAUGAAGCAAACAGUGGAGGCCAUGCAGGCUAUUUUGGAUGACUUGAACAUAGAUGAUCACUUCAACAUUAUAGACUUCAACCACAAUGUACGAUGCUGGAGCGAGGAGCUGGUCCCCGGCUCCUCUAUUCAGAUUGCUGAUGCCAAGAGAUACAUUCAGAGCAUCAAACCCAACGGAGGAACCAACAUCAAUGAGGCAUUGAUGAGAGCGGUGCAGAUGCUGGUGAGGGCAUCCAAUCAGGGGCUCAUCGACUCUCGCUCCGUCUCCAUGAUCAUUCUGGUGUCUGAUGGAGACCCCACUGUAGGGGAGAUCAAGCUCAGCACCAUCCAGAAGAAUGUGAAGAGGGUGAUGAGAGAGGAGUUUUCUCUCUUCUCACUGGGCAUUGGCUUCGACGUGGACUACGACUUCCUGGAACGUAUCGCCAAUGAGAACAGGGGCAUGGCCCAGCGGAUCUACGCUAACCAUGAUGCAGCAGAGCAGCUACGGAUGUUUUACAGCCAGGUCUCCUCUCCACUGCUGAGGAGGAUCACCGUUCAGUUCCCAGAGGACUCGGUCUCCAACAUCACCCAGAACCGCUUCGAUAAAUACUUCGCCGGCUCAGAGCUGGUGGUGGCCGGAAAGGUGCUGCCGUCUGACACCAACACGCUGACCAGCUUCACCACUGCAUCUGCUGCCAGUCUGGACAUCACCCUUGAGUCAGAGACUGACACUUCGGAGCUGGACAUGGAGCUCGCCAAGCAUCAACAUUCGUUCACGGGCUUUGCCAGACAGAUGUGGGCUUACAUCACCAUCAAACAGCUGAUCAGUGAAAGGUCUCUGGCUCAAACAGCUGCCAAGAAAAGGAAAAUCACCCAACGGAUCCUGGCGCUGGCCGUGGAGCAUCAGUUCGUCACUCCGUUCACCGCCAUGCUGGUGGAGAGCGAGGACGCCAGGGAGAGGCUGCUGGCCGACUCCCCGAGGGACCCCAAGCACGGCUGCUGCUCAGGAGGAGUAGUAGGAGGAGGAGGCUCAGCAUCUGCUAGUCUGAGUCCGGUGCGUGUCGUCUACCAGCCUCCACCUUGGGUCCAGGUGACCACUCCGGCCCCGCCGAGCCACGCUGUGAAGGGUCCCCAGGACCAGUUGAUCUUACCCCCACAGGUCAACUUAGUGGAUAACGACCCUCACUUCAUCGUCCACCUGCCCAGCAGCAACAUGGACGUCUGCUUCAACAUCGACUCCAAACCUGGACACAUUCUCAACCUGGUGUCUGACACUGGAACAGGUGUGGUGGUCAAUGGGCAGUUAGUCGGCGCCAAGCAGAUGCAAAAAAACAAACUGAAAACCUACUUCGGCACCAUCUCAGUCUACUACCAACCUGAUGGAAUCAGCGUGACUGUCAACGCCGACAGCAUCAUCAUGACCGACGGCAGAAGCAACCACUCCUUCACCUGGGGGGCCACGGCUGAAAUCACACAGGAUGGGGUGAGGAUUUCCAUCACCAAGAACUCUCAUGUUUCAGUCACAAUCAAUAAUAACAUCCAGGUGAUGGUUUUGCUUCACCGUGUGUGGAAGAAAAACCCCGUCAGCGUCGACUUCCUCGGCAUCUACAUUCCCACUGACAACCAGUACUCCCCUCUGGUCCACGGGCUCAUAGGGCAGUUUUCUAGAGAGCCUGAGGUGAGUGUGUACGACAUCCACCAAGGACCCGACCCUCUGAAGAAGGAGGCCACCAUGGAGGUGAAGGGCAACAAGCUGCUCGUCACCAGAGGCUGGCAGAAGGACUACAGACGCGAUACGAAGCACGGCACAAACGUCUACUGUUGGUUUAUACACAACAGCGGGAAGGGCUUCAUCGACGGCCACUAUACCGACUACAUCCUCCCAGAUCUCAACAGCUUCCUGCCGACACUCUGAGCAGACAGACACAUUUAAAUACCCUUUGCUGCUAUUAGUCUCCAGUCAGUAAAGUUAGAAAGAAAAUUAAAACCAUUUGGAGUGAAAAAAAGGACAAAACACACUGAGGAACAUAAGGUGUAACUUUUUUC